ACACCCGUAUCCUGUACACACACGACUCAAAGGGAGCCGCUUGCUACUCUCACGAGCUUUCCACGAUUGCACUCACCGACCCGAAGUCAGGUUUCUAAAUGCCUGCAAAAAGCAGGAUGAAAAAUGUCGGAAGACUAUGCGACUUGUUGGUGGUGUAGACGCAGCACUUACCGGACUCUUUUUCUUGUCGCCUUUGUUGCCUGUUACAUUUUGUUUGGAGCUUAUAUCUUUCAACUGAUUGAAAAGUCUAAAGAGGAUGAAUUGAGAGCGUGCGUUCAGGAUAUCAGAGCAGAUUUUCUCAAGGAACACGGUCAGUGUAUGACAGAUGUGGAGUUAGAAGCGUUCAUCGUCGAGAUCGUCAAGGCGAGUGAAAGUGGAGUAUCAGCCAUCCAUAAUGUCUCCAGUGAACCCAACUGGAGCUUCGGGCAGUCGAUCUUCUUCGCUGGAACAAUACUAACAACGAUUGGUUAUGGUCACAACACGCCACUCUCCGAAGGAGGGAAGGUCUUUUGCAUCAUCUACGCCCUCAUCGGAGUCCCCCUGACCCUUAUAUUGUUCGCAAUAGUUGUGGAGCGCCUCAUGAUCCCUUCAACAAUGAUCCUCAUAUUCCUCGGGAAGAAAAUGGAGCACCUAUACAAAGCUGUGUACAUUCGCUUCCUCCAUCUUUUCAUCGUUUUCGCGAUUCUGCUACUGUUCGUUUUCAUAAUCCCGUCGGUAAUAUUUACUACUAUAGAAGAGGAGUGGAAUUUCCUGAACUCAAUAUACUACUGUUUUAUAUCAAUGACAACUAUUGGCCUUGGCGAUUACAUUCCUGGAGAACAACCCAACCAAAAACAUAGAACAGUUUACAAGGUUUUUAUCACAAUCUAUCUCCUCCUCGGCUGUAUCAUCAUGUUGUUCACUCUAGCUGUCAUCUACGAAAUCCCGGAGCUCAACAUUCAUGGUCUUCACUUCUACAUGCGGAGCGAGGAGCAAGAUGACGAACAUGAACAACAAACACUAAAAGACUCCAUCAACCCCGGGAACAAUUACGCAGACUUAGACAAGGUGGCUGAGGGGGGUUCGCUCAUAGAAGGUUCGCCCGCCAGAGAACAGCCACACUCUCCGGCCCGAAGCCAUGUUUCUAAUUGCCUGCAAAAAGCAGGAGGAAAAAUGUCGGAAGACUGUGCGACAUGUUGGUGUUGUAGACGCAGCACUUGCAGGACUCUUUUUCUUGUCGUCCUUAUUGCCUGUUACAUUUUGUUAGGAGCUUAUAUUUUUCAACUGAUUGAAAAGUCUAAAGAGGAUGAAUUGAGAGCGUGUGUUCAGGAUAUCAGAGCAGAUUUUCUCAAAGGGCACGGUCAGUGUCUGACAGAUGGAGAAUUAGAAGCUUUCAUCAUCGAGAUCGUCACGGCGAGUGAAAGUGGAGUAUCAGCCAUCCAUAAUGUCUCCAGCAAACCCAAUUGGAGCUUUGGGCAGUCUAUCUUAUUCGCUGGAACAACACUUACAACAAUAGGUUAUGGUCACAUGAGGCCACUCUCCGAAGGAGGGAAGGUCUUUUGCAUCGUCUACGCCCUCAUCGGAGUUCCCCUGACCCUUAUCAUGUUCGCAACAGUCGUGGAGCGCCUCAUGAUCCCCUCAACAAUGUUGCUCGAAUUCCUCGGGAAGAAAACGGAGCAACUACACACACCUGCGUACAUUCGCUUCCUCCAUCUUUUCAUCGUUUUCACGAUUCUGCUACUAUUAGUUUUCAUAAUCCCGGCGGUAAUAUUUACUACUAUAGAAGAGGAGUGGAAUUUUCUGGACUCAAUAUACUACUGUUUUAUAUCUAUGACAACUGUUGGCUUUGGCGAUUACAUUCCCGGAGAGCAACCAAACCAAAGUUAUAGGACGGUUUACAAGGGUUUUAUCACAAUCUAUCUCCUCCUCGGCUGUAUCAUCAUGUUGUUCACUCUAGCUGUCAUGUACGAAAUCCCAGAGCUCAACCUUCAUGGUAUUCACUUCUACAUGCGGAGCGAUGAGCUAGAUGACGAAGACUCCAUCAACCCGGGGAACAAUUACACAGACUUAGACAAGGUGGCUGAGGGAGGUUCGCUCAAUGAAGGAUCUCCCGCCAGAGAACAGCCAGAAUAAUCUGAUGUAGGUUAUUAGAUUUCACUAAAGGUGGCGUUGAAUGUGUGUAGAACAUGCGCCACCUUUCUUCAUUCAGUUACCGGGGACUGUAUAUAGACUUUGACUUACAAAGACAGUUGUGUUUUUUAAUGCAAUAUUGGAGAGGGUGAUUCAUAAUCAUUCGAAAAGAAAGCGAUUGAAAUAAGCUGGCGAACUGUUAAUUCGUCUCCGUUCUGUCCGUCGCAUUGUACAUAGCGGACGUCACGCGUACAGUCACGCCUCGGUCCUUUGGAACCACAAAACGGCUCGUAGUUUGAAAACGAGAUAUCAGGAAGUUGGAUGAUGAUUGAUUGGCCUUUUUAUCAUUAGGACGGGCAGGUAGAAGCAAAUAUGACAAAUAGGUAGAAGCAAAUAUGACAAAUAGGUAGAAGCAAAUGUGACAAAUGUACAUGUAUAUACAUCAAAGAAUCGGGUCUGAAAAUAAAGACAUGAACAAACUAAAA